AUGGAGAAACACCCGGAACACGGCGUCAGUGAAGAGACGCCUCACCAUGAAGAUGUGUCCACGGUCAUCGAGACGAGCAGUCUCAAACGAGACCUCAGCUCUCGCCACAUCAACAUGAUUGCCAUUGCGGGGAUGAUUGGUACAGGCCUUUUUCUCAGCUCAGGGCAAGCAAUUGCAACUGCGGGGCCGGCUGGGGCGCUGUUGGCGUACAUUGUGAUGGGAUUUGUCACGGCUGGAGUUUCGUACACAACCGGUGAGAUUACUGCGUUCAUGCCCGGAACUGGUGGGUUCAUUCGGCAUGCAACGAAAUUCGUGGAGCCGGCGCUCGGUGCGGCCACUGGAUGGAACUUCUGGUAUACAAUGGCCAUCACUGUACCUGCAGAGAUUAGCGCUGCUGCCACAGUGAUACAGUUCUGGAAUAAGUCGAUCAAUCCAGGGGUUUGGAUCACCGUUUUCUUGGUUGUCAUUGUCGCUCUCAACCUCUGCGGCGUGCGUCUAUAUGGCGAGUCUGAAGUCGUGUUUGCAUCCUUAAAGAUCAUGUUGAUUCUCGGCCUAAUCAUUGGUGGUCUGGUCAUCGAUCUAGGAGGUGGGCCAAAUCACGAUCGUCUGGGUUUCCGUUACUGGAACCAUCCCGGGGCCUUCAACGCCUACAUCAAGACGGGAGCAACAGGGCACUUCCUGGCCUUUUGGAAAGUGCUGCUUACGGCUGCGUUCAGCUAUGGCAAUAUACAAGUCGUUGCAAUCUCAGGUUCCGAGACUCGAAACCCUAGAAAAAUCAUUCCGGCAGCUACCAAGAAGACAUUUUAUCGAGUCUUGGUCUUUUACGUACUCAGCAUCUUCAUUGUUGGCCUCAUCGUCCCAUACAAUGACCCCUCGCUCGCCAUUUCCACCGGCACUGCUCAGCAGUCUCCCUUUGUCAUUGCUUUUCAACGAUCCGGUGUCAAAGUCGUUCCAUCCAUUAUCAAUGCAGUUGUAUGCACUUCUGCCAUUAGCAGUGGCUCAGCUUGCAUCUUUAUCGCGUCGCGAACCCUCUAUGGCCUGAGCUGUGACGGACAUGCGCCUCGUUUCUUUCAACGCUGCAACCGAUUCGGAUCGCCUCAUUAUGCCAUUGGACUGACCUGCCUAUUGCUGCCGCUUGUCUACUUGAACGUUGCCAACAACACGUCGGUGGUGUUUGGCUGGUUUGUCAAUAUUACGACGGUUUCUGGGUUGAUAGGUUGGGUGGUAAUUGAAGCUACCUAUCUUCGAUUCUACGCGGGACUCAAAAGCCAGGGAUAUUCGAGAGACGCGCUUCCCUACAAAAGUCCACUGCAGCCAUACGUUUCAUGGGCGACCAUGUUUGUGGUGAGCCUCGUCAUUCUUUUCUCAGGGUUCGACGUAUUCGUCAAAGGCCAGUUUACUGCCGCGGGAUUUUUGACCUGCUACCUUAACAUUGCCAUAUUUAUCGCCAUCUACAUUUUCUUUAAAAUAUGCUUCAAGUCAAAGGUCAUCCCGGUAAAAGAAAUUGAUUUCGAAACAGAAUUCUUGUCAAUUCAGCGGGAAAAGGACGCUGCAGAGGUUGCAUUUUAA